CCACUCUUUCACUUAUAGCAUCCCCUCCCCUCUACCCCCUCCUCUACAUAUCCCUCCCUUCUCUUGCAUGAGUUGGAGGUGCUCUGAGUUGUGCUUCUAUCUCCAAGAUUGGAUGUCAUCUCUGCCAUACCUCGUCCAGAAGAGGCUUGCAUCACUGAGCUGCAUUCAGGGGGAAUGAGGACCUGGAGAUCUGGGAGCUCACCUAUUCUUCAGCAGAGCUAGAGUUUGAGACAGAAUGGAUUGCCUGCAUCUAGUAUUCCUCUUUUGUUUGAUCUUGACAUCAAACACCAGUAAAGCAGAUGAUACCGAUCAGGAAGCCAUAACUUGGCGCAUAAAGGAAAUACCUCACAUAAUCACUUCAGAUGUUGUCCACCUCAACAGCCCAAAGUUUGAAGCAGAACCAAAUCUAGAACUCCAUGGAACCUGUGGUAUUGAAUGCCAGAAGAAACUGCCACCACCUACUCUACGUGAUCUUGAAAACUUUUUGUCUUUUGAGACUGUGUAUGACAACGGUACACGCACUAUGACAAAAGUAAAUGUUCAAACCUGGUUUUCCGAAACCCUCAAUCAGGGCAAUGCAUCAGUAAAACAUAACAUGCGUAGGAAAAGACAAGUUUAUGGCACAGAUAGUAGGUUUAGUAUAUCAGACAAACAUUUUAUGACCAACUAUCCCUUUAGUACUGCGGUUAAGUUAUCUUCUGGUUGCAGUGGUACCCUUAUUUCACCAAAACACGUUCUAACAGCUGCCCAUUGUGUACAUGAUGGUACAGAUUAUAUUAAAAAUUCGCAAAAUUUACGUGUUGGAAUUCUUAAGAUUAGGACAAAGAGGGGUGGCAAAAGAAAUCGGGGGUCAAAGAAAAACAAAGGAGGUACCUCUGAGGACAUUAGUCAAAGAAAGGAUGGAAGAAAACAAAGAAAAAAGUCAGUACAAAAAAGGUCAGCAGAUGUAGACCAAAAAAGCACAAGCACUAGGAAAGAAAAAGACUCCAUGUCUGGAAAGCCUUCCUUCCAGUGGACAAGAGUAAAAGCUAUUCAGAUUCCUAAAGGCUGGUUAAAGGAUGUAUCAAAAAACAUGUCUCUAGACUAUGACUAUGCAGUUCUGGAAUUAAAGCGUGCUCAAAAGAAGAAGAAGUUUAUGGACCUGGGAAUCAGUCCAGAAAUGGACAAGAUGCCAGGGAGUAGAGUACAUUUCUCCGGAUUUGAUGAUGACCGCCCUGGGCAGUUGGUAUAUCGGUUUUGCGGCGUUUCGGUGGAAUCCAAUGACCUAUUUUAUCAGUAUUGUGAUGCAGAACCUGGCUCCAGUGGUUCUGGUAUUUAUAUUCGUCUCAAAGAGCCAAAUAAGAAGAGGUGGAACAGGAGAAUCAUUGCCAUCUAUUCUGGUCACCAGUGGGUGGACAUUGGUGGAGAACAGCAGGAUUACAAUGUUGCCAUCAGAAUUACUCCACUGAAGUAUGCACAGAUAUGUCUAUGGAUACAUGGCAACAAUGCUGAUUGUUCUCAAGGAUGAACCUUAGCUCAUGGCUAAAACGCAGCGCAGACAAGGUUUUGUAAAGGCAAUCUACUGCUUUAACAUGAGAGCAGGAGAUUUUAAAGAGAAAAGCACUUAAUGAAAAUGUGCUAGACUUUAUUAGAUAAAAUUGAUACACUGCUACCUACAUGUCAUCAGAUUUGGAUUUUGAAUGAAGUAUGUAAUGCCUACAUUGUAGGUUGUUCUACUCUAUUUAUUGGAAGGCAAUCAACUACUCCACUUCAUACAUGUGGUAUUCUCAGGACAGCCCUUCUUUGUACUGCAGUCACAACAUUUAUUUUAACUGGUAAACCCUAAACACCUUGCCUUGUUUCUGAGCUCAGUAGCUCUACAA